CGGUGGGAAUGUGAUUGACAGCUCAUUCCGCCCCCACGCUCAACACGCCAUCCGUGAGCCAAGUGUCUUGGUUCUGGGGCUUGGAAUGUGCACGUGCACGUGCUGAGACGCAAUGCUGUGUACAGAAAAUGUACUUAUAUUACAUGCAAUAUUUUUUUCUGGCUUAAUUGCCUUCCUAACUCCCUUGCCUUUCUUCUCUCACUUGACUCCUUCCUUCCCUUCUGACUUCCUUCCUUAGUACUCCUUUCCUUCUCUCACACUUGCGUUAUUUUGAUUUUUCUCCUAAUAUUGCUUCAAACUAUCGUUACUACAGCCAUUAAAAUGAAUAGAAUGUCGUCAUUAAUAUUCAUAGGAAAAACAAAAUGAUUUGUGACGUUGGUGGGCGCGGCCAUUUUGUCACCAAGGCUAGCGUUCUCUGGCCGGAAGCUAGGUGGGUACAAAAUAAGAGCUAAUUAAAAUAAAAUAAGGAAUCACAGCUCCUUGGAACCAAAUGUAAUGUGUCACAAGGUGGGUUUGUAAUAAUGUCUAACUUGCUACUGUGCUAAACAGUUUCGGAAGGAAUUGGCACCGAAUGUUGCUAAAGUGAUAUAUUCCUUUUUUUUAUUUUUUUUUUAUUCUUCAGUAUUAUUAUUCAGAAUUAAAUUGCGAACGUUUUCCAACAUAACAUGAGAGAACACAACGAUGACAAAGAUUUUAACUGUCUCUCGCCCUUUUACUUUGUGGAACCCCUAACCGGCAUUGUUUUUCCGCUACACGACGGCGCGCGCGCGCGUCCAUGUACCCUUCCUUACGCUCGCACGGACAUCUGUGAGCUGUAUCGCGGCACGUUAAGGAAAGACGCGUGGAGGAGACCUGCUCAGUUACGUCGUCGUUGAGUUCAAGGUUCAACACCCACCAUGGCGGACGAAGCGGACAUGCGCAACGAGCUGGCCGACCUGCAGACUCGCGCCGACCAGAUAGCCGACGAGUCUCUGGAGAGCACUCGCCGCAUGCUGUCUCUGGUGGAGGAGAGUAAAGAUGCUGGCAUCAGGACUCUUGUCAUGUUGGACGAGCAGGGAGAGCAACUGGAGCGCAUCGAGGAGGGGAUGGACCAGAUCAAUAAGGACAUGAAGGAUGCAGAAAAGAAUUUGAACAAUCUAGGACAGUUCUGUGGUCUUUGUUCAUGUCCGUGUAAAAAGAUUAAGGGUGGGGGCCAGGCCUGGGGAGCCAAUCAGGACGGCGUGGUCAACAGCCAGCCUGGCGCUCGGGUGGUGGACGAGCGCGAGCAGAUGGCCAUCAGCGGGGGCUUCAUUCGCAGGGUAACAGAUGACGCCCGCGAGAACGAGAUGGACGAGAACCUGGAGCAGGUGGGCGGCAUCAUCGGCAAUCUGCGUCACAUGGCCCUGGACAUGGGCCAGGAGAUCGACACCCAGAACCGCCAGAUUGACCGCAUCAUGGAUAAGGCUGACUCCAACAAGACCCGAAUCGAUGAGGCCAACCAGCGUGCAACAAAGAUGUUGGGCAGUGGCUGAACUUCAACACCCUGUACGAUAUUUAAAACACACACACACACACACAUGCACGUUCGCACACACAAAUACAGAAACACACCUAAUUCCCAUCCCUGUAUUGCCUCUGCAAAACAUUGCUUCUAUUGUGACACAUGUAGACGUUUGCACAUAUCAGCACUUCCUUUUAUUGUUCUGUAUUGGUUCCCCGCCCGGCCCCUCAUUCUGCCUGUUUUUAUUGAUGUAAAAUUCAAAAGACACUCAUCUUGACUGUUAUCGGGAUUUAGUGACUGCGUACGUAUAAAGUGUAUAUGACGAAAUAUUAAUUCCAGUCACUUCAAAUCUGAUGCUCGAGAUUGUAUAUACACGCUUUUGUCCUCAGGGAGCUAAAUCAGACCAAGUUCCAAACAAUCUGGUGUUUUUAUCGAUUAUAAAGAGCUGUGGUUUUUUUUUUUUUAUUUCUUCGCCAUUUCUGCUCGAAGCACAUUCAGCUCCUCCUCUGCUCGACCAUUAAAUAUUUAUUCGCCGGCACAAAAAUAUCCUAACGUGCUGUAUAUGUACAGAGGAGGGGCCCAUAUCUAUAACAGUUCCCUCGGCCCCGUCUGCUAUAUUGUGCCACUCUCUUGUCUGUCUGUUUCAUCCUUUCCAGACUGUGAGCAAUCACUACAUAAGAGUUGUACACUGGGAAAACAAAGCCAAUAAAACCUUCAGAACGAUAAA